AUGGCUGUGACAGAGUCUCCUCAGCGAGCACAAGUGGUCGGGGCUCUGGCCUGCCAACGAAACUCGUAUCUGAAAUCGUUGGAGACCGAGGUAGUCUCAUGCGAGAAACGCCCGCCACCGACAGCCAAGAAGCCCGCUAAAGGGAAGUCCGCGGAACCGAAUGGUGAUAGCCAGGUCGAAACAUGGCUGAUUGAGUUCGCCGACUCUGCUCUCUUCCCCGAAGGCGGUGGCCAACCUUCAGAUUAUGGCACAGUCACACUGCUAUCAGAAAGUUCUGAAACCCCUAUCCCGAUAGAAUUCGUGGAGAGAGUCGGCCUUCGCUGCGUUUAUCACUCGCCUCAGCCAUUGUCGCCCGGAGACCGCGUCCGUCAAGAUGUCGAUUUCCAGCGUCGAUGGGACCACAUGCAACAACACACCGGCCAGCAUCUUUUAUCCGCUGUCAUGGAUACGUAUGAGAACUUGAACACGUUGGGCUGGGGAAUGGGCAAGAGCGGCGCCAUGAACUACGUUGAUCUGCCCCGCAAACCGACAGAGAGCGAGCUGCAAGCCGUGCAGGCCAGGUGCAACGAGAUUAUCCGCUCGAGCUUGCCGAUUACGGUGGAAACUCCCGAUGAUGCCAAAGUACACAAGAUGCCGGAGGACUACGACCAGAGCAAAGGAGUUGUGCGGGUGAUCCGUAUCGGCGACAUUGACAGCAACACUUGCUGCGGCACUCACCUGUCUCAAACAUCUCACAUCUCUCUCAUCCUCCUGCACCACGGCGAGUCGGUCCAUGGAAAGAACUACCGUCUGUACUUCUCCGUCGGUGACAGAGCCAUCGGCAUUGCGACCGCCUCCAUCGGCGCGAUGAGCACCGUCUCGAAGCUGCUGUCCUGCCGCAACAACGCGGAUGAGGUCGUCCAGAACGUGAAGAAGUCGCAGGACUCGGUUUCCGAGCUGAAGAAGAGGGAGAAGAAACUACUCGCCGACAUUGCCCAAUUCGAGGCCGACGCCGCCAGGACAAAGCUGAAGACCAGCAAGAGCGUGUGGAUCCAUCGCGCCGAUGGCAAUGCUGACUUUGUGAAGUGGGUGUCUGUCAAUAUCAAGGAAGCCGUUGCGUCGAGCGGGGGUGUCGUUGUGAUUGCUACCGGCGAAGAGAAGCAGGGUGGCCAGCUUGUGAUUUUCGGGGAGAAGGCCGGCGUCGAGGGUCUGGUUUCUAAGGUAAAGGAGCUCGUCAAGGACGUGAAGGGCGGAGGUGGAGGAGAGAAAUGGCAGGGCAAGGUUUCGGCCUGGGAGAAGGGAGCGUUGGGGGCGCUGAAGGAUCUGGUCGAGGGUUAUUCACCAUAG